UGUAUGAUCCCUUUAAGGGCUCCUGGUUCUGCGGUGUAAUGACUGAGUGUGACAGGAGGAGGACAGAAUUGGAGAAGUUUUGAGAGCUGGGGUGUGGGUGGCUGGUGUUGGUGGUAUGAGGGGAAAAAUAUAAUCGUCAGUGAGCCUGACGUCACAUGAGAAUUAAUACAGACUAAAUUUGCAAGGGGGAGAGGUACAGGGAGGACUGCAUUCAUGACACUACGCGGUCAGCGAUGCAAACGAUUGCUAUCCUGAGUUUGUGAAUCUGCCGGCGCCUGCACUUUCCAGGAUUCAAUGAAUUUGCAACCGAUAUACAGGAAUGAAGCGGCUGCUGCUUUGGAUUCUAGUGGCAGGCGCAACUCUCCAGUUUCUUUUCAUGUUGAAUGGACCCAUCGUUAAUGUUGAAGACUCUUCUGAUCACUCUCCAGGGUCUCACCCAGAAAUCCAAGGCAGCUUCAGAGGAGAGUGUGAACUCGACAGGAUUUGUCCACCCGUAUAACCGUACCCAGUACUGUCACUGGCCUUGCCAGUGUCCGAAGCGCACGCCUAGGUGUCCGCCCGGAGUUAGCUUGGUAAUGGAUGGCUGUGAAUGUUGUAAGGCAUGUGCCAAGCAGCUGGGAGAGAACUGCACAGAGGCAGACACCUGCGAUUACCACAAAGGGCUGUACUGUGACUAUAGUCGGGAUGCCCCUAAGUAUGAAGUAGGAUUGUGCGCGUAUGUGGUGGGAGUAGGAUGCGAGCUGAACGGGGUCAUGUAUUCCAAUGGCCAAAGCUUUCAGCCCAACUGCAAGUACAAAUGUACAUGUGUAAACGGCGCAAUUGGUUGUAUCCCUGUGUGCCGGCAGUCCCGACCUCCGCUUGUCUGGUGUCAGAAUCCCAAGCGUGCGAAAAUGCCAGGAAAAUGCUGUGAACAGUGGUUCUGUGAUGAAUCAAAGAAGCUAAAGAAGACUGCCCCACGUCAUGUGUCCCUGUCAGCUUACACAAGUGAGUCAGAAGUAUGGCGCCGUAAUUGCUUAGUGCAAACUACACCCUGGACUGCCUGCUCAGCAUCUUGCGGAAUGGGAAUAUCUACAAGGAUUUCAAAUGAAAACGACCAGUGCAAACUAGCAAAAGAAAGACGCCUUUGCUAUUUACGCCCCUGCAACGUUAACAUUACGCAACAUAUCAAGGAAGGGAAGACAUGCCUGAGUGUCCUCAAGCAAGCAGAACCAAUGAACUUCACAUUGUCUGGCUGUGUGAGCCGUCGCACCUACCGGCCAAAGUAUUGUGGUGUCUGCACAGAUGACCGAUGCUGUACUCCCCACAAGUCAAAGACCAUCGAGGUGAAUUUUGACUGUCCUGACGGCCUGAGCUUCUCCAAGAAUCUGAUGUGGAUAAACUCCUGUUUCUGCAACUUGAGGUGCAAGAAUCCGAACGACAUUUUUGCAGACCUGUCGUACCAUCUUGACUACUCUGAAAUCUCAAAUUAACUCAAAUUGAAAUGUAUGUUUUUCCAUUGACUGAUCAUGAAAGAGAUGGGAAGAUAUAUAUAUGUAUUUUCACCUAGUGGUAACGAUGGCAAUCUCAUGCCUGUUUUCAGUGAGUUAGUUGCCUGAAAAUUACACGUUCCCACUCUGUGCUCAAAGAAGUUAGUUUGUUUUGUAGAAAAUUAUAAAUUUAUUUCAUUUAUGAAAAAUGUCCAACAGGAAUUAUUAGGAAAAUAUUAUUUACUGUGAUGUCACUUUAAUAGUUAGAUCAACAUCCAGAUUGUAAAGGUUGCAUUGCAAGCCAGCCAUUUGUCUGAAAAGCGCAUUCUGCUAAAUAACCCUAUCAUUAAUUAAAUUAUUGUUACUGGUUUCUUAAAACCACUUUCCCAAUUUUUAUCAGUUGGCAGGAAUCUUACUUCUGAGUUCCAAAGCUGUCGGUAGAAGGUAGUUGAAAGCUAUUUUGGGGUAAAGUUCCAUACCUUGCUGAGAGAGGUCAUCAGUAAUCUGCUGAAAGUUUAAUCUGUGGUCUUGACUUUCAAGUCAAGUAAAAAUAUUACUAACAGCCAAAGAUGUUAGCUAUAGUUUAGCAUUAACACUUUCAAGAGACUGUAUGGCCUUUUCCUGCUUUUGUUUCUUAAGUUCUUAUACUGAGGUCAAUUAAUUUAGCACACAUUUAUGGUCUUAAAAUUCAAGACUAUAGUAAAAUAUAUUUAACAAUCAAAUUUAUUUCUGGAUGUGAUGCUCUGUGGGAUGUUUUAUUCCCAGAAUUUAUGAACUUUUGCUGUUGUUGAGGAUUGGUCCUUGCUCAGGCGAAUGAGGUUUGAAACCUAGCCCCGGGGAAUAGAUCAGAAUUGUACAAAGAAAAAUUCAAGCAAUUCUAACAGUCGUUCAGGCCUUCUUGUGCCUCUGUACAUUUCCCAUGGAAUGGUCACAGCGUUGAAAGGAAGCCAUUCAGUCCCUCCUUUCCAUGUUAACUAUCUGCAAGAGCAGCUUAGCUAGUUCCACUCACCACCCAAACCCCAACCCUUUCCACACAGGGAAAUUUAUUCAAAAUAAAUGGCAAGUGCACAGGAUUGAAACGCUCCACAAACCAAAUCCAUUGUGCAUUAUUGUAGCAAUAUGCCCAGAUGAAAUCAACCUCAUUUGAGUCUAAAAGUGGCAAAAAAGAACCUCUUACUCACACAACAGUUUGAAUUGAGGUUCACAGAUGAAGGCUCUAGGCCUGAAACAUCAGCUUUCCUGCUCCGAAGAUGCUGCUUGACCUGCUGUGUUUAUCCAGCUCCACACCUUGUUUUCACAGCUUGUGAGUUAGUUAGCAGUUCAAAUGGAAGGUCACUGGACUAAUGCAUUGGCCCCUUUUCUUUCACAGAUUCUGCCUGACCUGAAACUUGCCAGCAUUAUUUUUCUUGUUUCAGAUCCCAGCACCCAUAUUUUGCUUUUAUUUAAAUUACUAGAAAGCAUUGUGGUGAUUUGGUCACAGGUCUACCCGUACAACACCAGGCACUUACAAAAUCAAUAGGGUUUAAGAAAAAGGAUUAAAAUUGUCUGUCUACCCCAUGAACUUUGACAGUGAGUAAAAAUUAAAAAAAUGUGUUGGAAAGAUUUCCAGACAGCUGAAGAUGUCAGGAGAUCUUAUCACCCACUAAUGGGCAUGACCAGGCUUAGAAAACAGCUGACAGAUCUUCCUUUAUCAGCCUCUGCGGAGACACGUUUUGCAAUGUACUCAUCUCACGAGCCCUUCUUGCUUGAAAAUGACAACCAAUUUGCAAAGUCAAGUUAUUUAACUAGUUGCUUAAAUGCCAUUACAGUGCUUUUUUUGUCCCCAAUCAAACCCUAGGAUCAAAAUAACAUAAGCUGAAAUGGAUGCAAUUAAGACUGACAGGACUUAGCUUAGACAUAAAAUGGUGAUUCAUCUGUUUGAAAAAUGAUGUUAUUCCACUAAUUAAAGGUGCUAUAAGAUUUCUGACUUUCAAGCUUAAGCUACAGUUAGGUACUUGUCAAUUUGAAAGCAGAAGGCCAUUCUGUGGAAAAAAGUAUUUUAAACCCAGUCACAUCCUGGUGGAUUUUUGGAGACAUUGGAGACAAUAAAACAGCGAUUGUUAAGGACACAAAAAGUAUGUGGAUAAACAAACAGAGACUUGUUAAUGCAGUUACCUUAAUAAUUUUGAUUUUCGUCCAAACAAUCCAUAUUGAGAUGAUAGAAGUCUAACCAUUAACAUGAAAUGUGCCUUCCUGACGCCUCACCUCACAACAUUGUAAUAUUGUUAUCAGAUAUUUUGAUUGAGUUUUGCAAUGGAAAUGCCACAUUCAAACUUGAGCCACGAUUCUCAUCCGUCACUCCCUGGUAAAAGCUGACAAACUAGGAGUGGAAAGCACUCAGAGUUUGGUAGGACAGAAGUAAACAAACAAAGAUUAUUGAAAAUAAAUAAUGUGAGCGGUGAGUAAAUGUCCACAUUAUACUUUUGUUGCUCUCGCCUCAUUGUGGCUGCUUUCUUCUUAAAAUCCAUGAGGUGAAAUAGUUUCACUGCUCAAGGUCAUGGUGCUUCAACACAGAAUGAAGGAGAAAUGAAUCAAAAAUGUGUAUAACUUCUUAUCAGGGAUACAAUACAAUACAUGUAAAGGGAUGCUUUAAUAAAGACAAUCUAUUUAAUUCCACUUAUAAGAGUUCUGAUGAUAUUAAAGACGCAAUUUGAAAUGUCUGUUUGAGUUUUUCUCGUUUUAAGGUAGUAAAAACAUAAACAUUUUCAAGAAAUGGGUACAAAGUCUUGUAGUUUAAUCCUUAUUUAAUAAAUAACUUGAUUGUCUUCUAUUAUCAUAACCCCAAUGUGAAAUAUCUAUAAAUACAUAAAUUGUCACUUGAACACACCUAUACUGUUGCCUUUGGUAUCUUUCCCUAGGAGUACAUUUAAU